AGCCGCUCUUGACAAAAUGCGAAACAGCACAUGAGAAUACUCACAUGUACUGGCGUCUGUAUCCAACCCAAAAUGGCACGUUAUCCACAUUUGCCGAUAAAUCUUGACCUAAUCACGAGGCUGCCUGUGAGGACGGUGGUCGUCGUGGUGGUCACGGUCAUCUUCUUCAAGUUUUUGUUCUCGUGUCCGUGCACAGCUCCCGAGGAAACUGUGCUGCACUGCUGGCUGUAUCUGCUCCUUCCUGUGGGGAUCCUGUUCUUCUUCCUCAUGCUGCUGGACGCACAGCUGCUGAAGCUGUGUCAGUGUUAUGUGUGUAACUGCUGUGUCCGAGCUGAGACCAAGUGCUGCAGCAGCGAGCGCUGCGACACUUUUGAGUGCUGCUGUUGUGCCGGCGGCUACUGUUACCGCCCCACAGGCUUUGGGGAAGAGGGCUGGCAUUUCUGCGGUCUGAUAUGGAGGCAUUUGCUGAACGUGUCUUACGCGGCCGCUCUCUGGAUCGUGGUCGCCUUUAUUGACGGUGACUGGUACGUCUGCAUCCGCACGGUUGCUGUGAACGGCACGGGGGAACAAAUCGCCUGCAAGGAUUUCCCAACACCACAAGAGGCAGAAACUUUGAGAAAGUACAGCAGUGAGUCGCGGAUAAUUGGACUGAUACUCAUUCUGGGGUUUUCACUCCUGUUGACAGUAAGUUCAUCUCUCAUGACCCGAUGGAAGCCGUAUUACAAGUCUCUAUUUGAGGUUUAUGUGGAGCAGGAGACGGCUGCCAUGCUGGAGGAGAAGCUGCAGGAGCAGGCUGUGCAAAGAGCCAAGCUGCUCAGUGAGAAUGCGUUAAGAUACAUUCAGAGUCAGCCUGUGAGCAGCAUGCAGGGAGAUGUGUGUCAGGGUCAGUACCAGCCACUAGGGGCUGCAGAGGAGAAUGUUUGGCGGACAGUAUCACACCCAGCAUUCCACUUAGUGGGAGGGAAGACCCACCCCUGAGCGUGAAAAUCUACAUCUUGAUAGACUAGCAAAUUUUAUUUAUAUUUAAAAAAAAAGCCAAAAGUUUUACAUGCUAAGUUUCUAUUUUUCACACAUAGGACCUGUGUGUGAUCUGUGCAUGAGGAGGGAAAGGUGUAGCAGUAACUAUUUCACUAUUUAAGGGCUAUUUAGUGGUUGCUUCUGUAAUUUUUUAUUCAGCAUGUUCAGUGUUUUGCUGUUGUCAGACGAAAACCUUGUAUCUCCAAAAUACUAACUUUACAAACAAUGUAAAGGGCAACCGGCAUUUUCCAAUUAUAUCAAAAACUGAAAAAUGACAAAAAUGGAGAUACAAGGUUUUAUUCUGACAGCAGCGAUAUGCAUUAUUAGCUCAGUAAUACACAAAAAUGAUUUUGGUCUAUACUCCACAACCUCUCCAUUGCUAAAACUGCCAAAAUAACAGGCCCAGCUUUCAGUCUGUGCGUAUUACCAAAUUGUUGGCGGUUAUGUGAGAGAGCUAUUUAAAAGCAGUAUGAUGGGCUUUAAGACAUUUCAAAACACAUCACGUCUGUGGUUGUGCAGGAUUGAUUUGGGCAUGUUAGAUAUGAACGUUCGAUUACCUUUUCUCUGGUUUCUUCCAGAAGGUCAGUUAGACCUGUUGUAACAUGAUGCUUCAGACUGACAGGACAAUGUCUUUUGAGACCCAUUUGAUAUUAGUAGAACUUGACAUAAGAGAUAUUGAGAAACAUAUUACAGGGUUAAACUGGUGCUUUUCUAAACUUGCUUCUUAGUGUUUUAUUUAGCUUUUAUUUACUAACAUCAUGUUUACAGAUGAGAACACUCCUGCCUGUUAAGGGCCUAUAUUGUACAUUUUCCGUGUAUUUUAUUUUUCCCUGAGGCCUGCUUAAGAUGUUUCUUUAGGUUUAUGUACCAACGACUAUUUAUUUUUUACAUGGCUGUUUUACAUAACCUCUCUUUAUCUCUUACAAUUACAUACUGUUUUGUUACCGUGCCCUUAAUACUGACGGAUGUAAAUGACGACUCUUCUGAUUGGUUAUGGAGUAUUGUACCUUGUUAAAAAAGCAAUCUAGGCUGAAACACUCCUAUCCUUUAACAAGCAUGGACAGAGCCAAACUGCUGUAGAAGUGGAUGUAUGUGUGUUUGCUGCUUUUUGUAAUUUCACAAAAACAGCUAAUUCAAAACAGGUCUGCUUUUGCAGCUUAAUAUGCAUAUGCAGACUGUGCACUUGAAAAUGUGUGGAAAGUACAUUUUGAAAUUGUAACAGUGUUUAACAUCCUGCAUCAAACUCUUUUAUUUAAAAAAAAGUGAGGGACUUUUGUUUUUCAUGAUACAUCUCAUAUUUAUUAAUAAAUGCCAAAAUGUGAAAGAUCAGUUUUACUGUAGUCUUGAAGACCCUAUAUUAUGCCUGCGGUUAUCUGAACAAGCAGACCUACUUAUUUGAGGCAGAUCUACCCAGAUGUUACAUAAUGACACAAAAUGUGCGUUUUCCACUUUCUAGUAACCAAACAUGUUUAUUACAGAAAUGCAAACUAAACUUUUCAGUUAGCCUUUUAGUAUAACACUAGACAAGAGAUAAAAUAAGAGCCUCUGGAUGUGCAAAUGUAUUUAUUAAUGUGUUUUGACUAGAUGUUUUCUUAGAGGAUUACAUCACAGUGACUUAGUGCUUCUUUGUAAUGAGGGUAAAAUGACACUAAAACAGACUGAUGUGUUUUUAAUAAAUGCAUAAAUUUUGUUAUUUAAUAAA